AUGUUUGCAUGUAUCUCUCCAUGUUUUAUUUCUUUGAGAGGCAUGAAUUUGUGUAAAAUUUGCUUUAAACACCGUACUUCUUUUUCUUUUUCUUUUUUGCCAUUUUUUUUCUUUUAUUAUCCCCUUUUUGGAUGGGCGUCCGCAGAGAGCAGCACAAAAACAAAACAAAAAAAAAAAAAAAAAACAAAAACAAAAACAAAAAAAGAAAACACAAUAAAAGGAGGAAUUUUGGAAAGGCUUGAAGCCAUGUGGUUUUUCUUGUUACUCUUUUCCUUCCUUAAUCGGAAGUUUAUGCCGUUUGUCAUCUUUCUUUUUACUCUAGCUGACUUCAUGUCAGUUUCCGCGGCCAUUUUGAAGGAUCCACGAUUUCUUAUUCAUGGACCGUCCUACGCCUACCUGGAUUGCUCCGCGUGCCUUGCCUUUGCUGGAUACCUGGGGCAGCGGAUGAAUGCUUCGCUCGAGUAUGACGGUAGAGGCGGUGCUAGCUUCCUUGCCACGCAUCGUUUAAAUAAGGAGAACAAGCUUCAGCGUAACUUGUAUGCGACAAGCGAGUUGCGUGCGGUGGAGGUUUUGGAAAAAAUAUGCAGUGUUACUCUUGAAGAGAACUACGUCCUGCAUUUGGAUAUCGAUCGACGUAUUCGCGUGUAUCAGUCUGGGAACACGGAUUUCCCCUAUGCUCAACACUACAGUGUGCAGGACUCUGCUGCACUAAAAGUCGUUUCUAAAACAGCUGUUCGGGAUUUUUGCACGCGUUUGAUGGACGAGGAGGAGGAAGCCAUGAUGAAUGUCGUGCGUGAGGUGCGUGAGCUGGCGGAGUUGGAACUACGUCUCUGUGGCGGCAAUGAUGUUAAUAGGAGUUCAGUGAAGACGUCACUGCCAAAAUUUGAGACGUUGGUCACAGCUGUGUGCAUUGGGACAGAAGCGAGCAUUGCUGCGGAGCUGGGCCGCAUUCAGCGUUACGAGAAGUGGCAGGAGAGCAUAUCCAGGCGGCGGGAAGAAGCGAUUAAGAAGCUUGGCGGAAAAAGUGAAGAACCCAUCGUUGCGAAGGAAGUGGUGCACGGUGAAAAAGACCCACAGCCGUGGUUCUCGGUUUCCGAAAGUACUUUUUCUUCCGGCGACAGAGAGGAAGGAGACGAUGACGACGAGGGCGGACUGGAAUCAAUUGGCAUUGAUUUGUAG